AUGAAAAGCAAGAGCGCAAAUCUGUAUGAGGUUUUGAAUGUUAGCAAAACAGCAACUGAAGGCGAAAUAAGAACAGCUUUCAAGAAGCUGGCGCGUAAGUACCAUCCAGACAUGCACGCAAGCAAGUCAGAGGAGGAGAAGAAGAAAAUGCAAGACAAGUUUAAAGAGCUGAACAAUGCGCAUGAAAUACUUACAGACAAGAAAAAAAGAGACUUCUACGAUCAAACAGGAAUGACAGAAGAAGAAGCCCAGGCAGGAUAUGGGGGCAGUGCAGGAGGCAGUAGCUUCAAAGGAGACUUCGGCUUCCCAGGCGGCUUCCAGUUCAGCGGGUUUGAUUCAAUGGGAGGCGGCGGCAUGGGCUCAGGCUUUCACGACUUUGGAGACAUUAGGUCUGUGUUUGGAAAUGGGUUUGAUAGCUUUUUUGACGUAGGAGGAAGACAAAAAGCCCAAGCAUCUCCUGCAAAUAACAAAGUACUUGAGUACAAGCUGGCAGUUUCCCUUGAGGAAAUUUGCAAUGGAGCAACGAAGAAGCUGAGUAUAAAACGAACCAAAACAUCAGGAUCCCGGGAGCAGACCUUUAUAAAUGUAACUAUUGCGCCUGGCUACAAAUACGGAACAAAAAUCACCUAUAAAAACUCAGGUGACUAUAAUAUAGACGGAACAGGCACAGAUAUAGUUGUGAUUCUGACAGAAAAGCCCCAUCCCAUAUUUAAGCUAAGUAAUACAGACAUUAUAUACGAAAUGAAAAUAACAAUAAAGGAGUAUCUAAACGGAUUUACUAAGCAAAUACUAGGACUUAAGGACAACCCGAUUGUAAUAGAUAGCAAUAUCAUAGGAAACAACUCAAAGGAUGCAGUGAUCCCAGGAGAGGGUAUCCCGGAUAGGUCAAAUGGGUCAAAGAGAGGAUCUCUUAUCAUCAAGACCCGGAUUGUAAUGGAUAUUACACCGCGUGAGAAGAAAGAAAUCUUAAGUGCGUUAUCAUAA